ACUGGAAGAGUCCGGUGGGAAACCGUGCCACCGCAAGGAAGGAGCCGGCGGUAGCUUGGUUCCUGAGCGGAUGCUGGGGCUGUAAGGCGCGCGCGGUCAGCUGUUGGCGGUGCAGGGAGGAGGACGCCGGGGCUCGCCUUCCCUCCUCUGCCGCCGCUGCCGCCAUGAUUCCGGUGUCGCUGGUGGUGGUGGUGGUGGGUGGCUGGACUGUCGUCUACCUGACCGACUUGGUGCUGAAGUCAUCUGUCUAUUUUAAACAUUCUUAUGAAGACUGGCUGGAAAACAACGGAUUGAGCAUCUCCCCUUUCCACAUAAGAUGGCAAACUGCUGUUUUCAAUCGUGCCUUUUACAGUUGGGGACGACGGAAAGCAAGGAUGCUUUACCAAUGGUUCAAUUUUGGAAUGGUGUUUGGCGUAAUUGCCAUGUUUAGCUCAUUUUUUCUCCUUGGAAAAACGCUGAUGCAGACUUUGGCACAAAUGAUGGCUGACUCUCCCUCUUCUUAUUCUUCCUCCUCUUAUUCCUCUUCCUCCUCUUCCUCUUCCUCUUCUUCCUCUUCUUCCUCUUCCUCCUCCUCGCUUCACAAUGAACAGGUGUUACAAGUUGUGGUUCCUGGUAUAAAUUUACCCGUCAAUCAGCUGACCUAUUUCUUCACGGCAGUUCUCAUUAGUGGUGUUGUACAUGAAAUUGGACAUGGGAUAGCAGCUAUUAGGGAACAAGUUCGAUUUAAUGGCUUUGGGAUUUUUCUCUUCAUUAUUUAUCCUGGAGCAUUUGUUGAUCUGUUCACCACUCAUUUGCAACUUAUAUCGCCAGUCCAGCAGCUAAGGAUAUUUUGUGCAGGUAUCUGGCAUAAUUUUGUCCUUGCACUCUUGGGUAUUUUAGCUCUUGUUCUCCUCCCAGUAAUUCUCUUGCCAUUUUACUACACUGGAGUUGGGGUGCUCAUCACUGAAGUUGCUGAGGACUCUCCUGCCAUUGGACCCAGAGGCCUUUUUGUGGGAGACCUUGUCACCCAUCUACAGGAUUGUCCUGUUACUAAUGUGCAAGAUUGGAAUGAAUGUUUAGAUACCAUCGCCUAUGAGCCCCAAAUUGGUUACUGUAUAAGUGCAUCAACUUUACAGCAGUUAAGUUUCCCAGUUAGAGCAUACAAACGACUAGAUGGUUCAACUGAAUGCUGUAACAAUCACAGCCUCACAGAUGUGUGCUUUUCCUACAGAAAUAAUUUUAAUAAGCGUUUGCAUACAUGUCUUCCUGCCCGGAAAGCAGUUGAAGCAACUCAAGUUUGCAGAACCAAUAAAGACUGUAAAAAAAGCUCAAGUUCAAGUUUCUGUAUAAUACCUUCUUUGGAAACUCACACUCGCUUAAUAAAAGUAAAACACCCACCUCAAAUUGAUAUGUUAUACGUAGGACAUCCUCUGCAUCUUCACUAUGCAGUGAGCAUCACCAGUUUUAUCCCACGUUUUAACUUUCUAAGCAUAGAUCUGCCAGUGGUUGUGGAGACAUUUGUCAAGUACCUGAUUUCCCUCUCAGGAGCUCUGGCUAUUGUUAAUGCAGUACCCUGCUUUGCUUUGGAUGGACAAUGGAUUCUAAACUCUUUCUUGGAUGCCACCCUUACCUCAGUGAUUGGAGACAAUGAUGUCAAAGAUCUAAUAGGGUUUUUCAUCUUGCUGGGUGGCAGUGUGCUUUUGGCUGCCAAUGUGACCCUGGGACUCUGGAUGGUUACAGCACGGUAAUGUUUGCACUCAUCUGACAGAAUCCCUGAGUUACAGUAUACAGCUAUGUGGUAAUAUUCAUUGCCAUUGAAAUUCUUACUUGGUAUGAAAUAUAAAGUGUUUCCUUAAAAUUACAUCUUAGCCAACAACCCUGAGCUCCUCCCAUAUCCAGAGUACCCAAACUCUGUGGUAGAAGAUAAGCAGAAGAAACGAAAGGCAUAGUCCCUGACUAUAUUCUAAUUUAGGACUGAAUGUACCCAGAUGCUUGUGGAAUAAUAUCUAAGCAAGUGAAAAUUCAUGUAAUACCGUUUUGUGUGAUUAUAUAUUGUGUUGAAAUAGUAUAAAGGAGAACAGAACUGGGUGGAAUUAAUUGGGAAAAACUUCUUACAAAAGCAUCAUUAAUCAAAAUUUGAAGGAGACCAGACUUUGGCCAAGUGGAAGGAUGACCAUUGUCUUGGCCUGUAUCUCUUGUCCUUUGUCUUGUUUGAAAAGUAUUUUAAAACUUAAUGGUGUAUUAUUUUGUGCUCUGAAAGCUGAGGUCUGAUUACAAUUAGUAAAAUUCUAUAGAAGAAUCUGCUGACGUGAAAGGGAAAAAUCUUUGUCAAAUGAUACCAAAUAAAUGAACAAAACAGGAAGUAGGGCCUAUGAUAUCGUGAGACAUGUUUUGCCCCACAAGAGUUGCAUCUUUUAUAAGGUGUCUCUGCCCCCUCAUAAAGCAGCACUAGCUUUGACAUCCACAGUGAGCUGCAGGAAGCAUCACACACCAGCAGCAUGUGAGCAGAGGGAGGCAGUUGGGGUUGAACUUCGGAACUAGGCCAGGUCUCCUGACAGAUCACAAGACACCCCAGAGGAUCUUCAGCAGUCCUACUUCCCAUUCUCUAUAGAGCUUUGAAGCUUGGAACCCUUCCAGGGUAAACAUUUUCUCUUGUGCUGCUCAGGACAUCUGGGGCCUAGCUCCUGGGUUCCUGUCUCCAAGAAGCAAUGACCUUAAACUCUGAGCCAUACUCUGUCCUCACCAGCGGCUCCCAUGUUUUUCUGUGUCAGGUUAUUAAGUACCUAGUCCUUGUUUUCUGUCUCUCUCCUAAGCUACCUCUCUGGGUCCACAGAAGACUUGGUAGUAUAGUGAGAAUGGCUAUACGUGAGUACAAACGUGGAUUUUCCAGGGCUUGGGAACUGACUCUUGAGCCCAGAAGAGCCACGCCUGCUUUGAGGUCUUUUGGAGUGGAGAUGCAGCCCUGGGAAAUUUGGGAAGUCAGCAGGCCAGUGUGAAGCUAUUGGUCCUAGGAGUAUAUGAGCUUGCUGUUUCUUUGAUGGAAAAUACAUGCUUCUCUUGUAUACUCAGAAGUGACUAAGGGCAAUAACUCGUUAAUAGCCAUUUAUCCAACUUCUUUACUGAGUGAUGUAUUCCAUGGGGUUACCUUUUUCAGAUUAUUGAGUUGCUCUGUAAGCACUAAAACUUUUUAAACAUUUUUAAGAAACUUUUUAGAUUGUAUUACAAAUUUGCCUUAACAGUAAUUAGAUGUUGAAUAUAAUUUUAACAUUUUAUUAAUGACUUGGGUCAUCAGUUAAUACCAGUACUAAAACCAUACGAAUUAUUGGUUUAUUCCAGAAAAUACAGUAUUUGUUCUAUUUUUAGGUGGACAAUCAUUUGGGAUCAGAGUACAUUAGCAUAGUAAUGCUCAGUCAGACCUGUUCAAGUAGUAGAGCUUGGAGAAUGCCAUGAAAUACUUAUAUAAUUAAUUUGAUUGCAGGAACUAAGCAAUUUUACUAAUGAAAAGGUUGUAUAUGUGCAAGUCAGUUUUUUAAAAACCAAGAAAAAAUUUUAAUAGAGGAAAUCUUAUUCAUUAAUUUAUUUUUCUGAGUAAAAAAACGAAACCCAAAUCUCAUUUUAUUUCAGCUGUUAAACAUUUUGAUCUGUUGACCCAUAGGAUCAGGGUUUGGGAACCACUUUACUAGGAAAGAGCAGAUCAGUACCAUUUGUAUAAAACUGGCCUCAUUAUGUAAGAAAGAAAAUGUUACGUGUUUUCUUCUUUAGCUUGGUUGUGGGCACUUCUACAGCAAGGACCAUAUCAUAUUCAUCUUUGCAUCCCUGGCACAGUGCAUGAGACAUAAGUACUUAAUAAAUGCAGUUGAAUGGAUAAUGAUUAGUGUUAUUUAUGGAUUAGAAAAAGCAUGUUUCUAUUUAAGUAAGCUGUAAAAAGUAUUAUUGAAUAUUUACUGUAAAUAUAUGUUCACAUAAAAAAAUAACUUGGAAGGUCUUUGUGUCCCUGGCAUAUUAUCAUCUUCAUGGAAAGAAUCCACUGUGGUUUCUGUAGAGUGAUUGGAAAAAUGGAUUAUUUUGAGGAUUGAAGAAAGUGUUCUUUCUGUGUUGUCACUUUGUUCAACAGUAAAACUUUAUUCUCAGUGUUCCUACUCUGCAUUGUUUACAUUUUUGACAGUUUUUUUUAAUCACCUACAAUCUGUAAAGAAUGUAUAUAUUCUUUUCAGCAUCUCAGUUUGAAAAGACAUGCAGUUAAACUUGACCUUUUGAUAAUCGCUCUUACAGGUCAUUGUCUGUUCUAACAGCAAAUUGUAAACAUGUGCUUCAUAGAUAUUGUGGCUCUCAGUCAUCACUUUGUCCUAUGGUAUUUAUUGAAUGUUCACAUACUAAUGGUGCACAGGUGUUUUUUUCUAUAAAUCUUCUGACUGUCCUGUAAUUCAUUCUUAAGCUUUAACUUGAAGGUAUCGUAAUUGCCGGCAUUUGAUGUUUAGCAAUAAAAGAAUAAAUGUGUACCAGCAUUUUAUGUUUA